AUGUUAGACACAGCGGUCUUUUUGUAUCGAAUAAAAAGUGAGGUUAUGUUUGAUUUUGUGAUUUCGUAAUUUAAACUCGGAAAAAGAAAUAUACACAGCAUGACAACUAUGCGACCGUUGCUUUUUACCAUUUUCACGAAAACAAAGCCUUUUCAGUGUUUACGAAAAACCAGCCUCCACCAAAUUCGAAACUCCAGUUACGAAUCGAGUAAAUUUUUAGUAGACGUAGAAGUCAGUACGAAAUAUGAAGCUACCAAAAUUCCUGAAGAAUGGAAGUACGUGGAACGCAUACUUCCCCCUACGCUAGUCCCGGAACCUCAACCGUUGCCCGAAUAUCAGUCAGGUUGGAAGCCACAAGGCGACCACAAGGACAGUCCGUAUUUUGUGGAAAGGUCGCGCAAUCACAUGAUGCCCGUGUAUCUCGACGUCCGACAAAGAGGAGUCAAGAGACACACUAUUAUUAAAAAAAUUCAAGGGGACAUCUGGCUCUUCGAAAAAGACUUGCGCACCUUCUUGGAAGACUUGAUCAAACCCAAGCCACUGCGCCUGCAAGUCAACGAAUUCGCGCGAAAAAUCUGCAUAAACGGCGACCACGUCAACGCUAUAAAGUACUGGUUAGGCGAAAAGAAUUUUUAGGAGUUAUGUAAUGUAUUUAUCAUAAUUACAUCUUAAUACAUCUAUAA